AUGUCAACUAUAAUUGGAAUUUCAUUUGGUAAUACAUCAUCAAGUAUUGCCGUUGCCGAUAACGAAGGGAAAGUCGAAGUUAUUGCUAACCCUGAUGGGGACAGAUCGAUUCCUUCAGUUUUAUCAUACAUUGGAGAGGAUGAAUAUCAUGGGCAACAAGCUAGAGCUCAAUUAAUCAGAAACUCUGAUAAUACCAUCAUCAACUUCAGAGAUUUCAUUGGUAAACAAUUCGAAGAAGUUAAUGGUGAACUCACCAAAGACGGAUCCAAAGUUGUCAAAACUGAAGACGGAAAAUGUGGAUUUAAAGUCAAAAUUGAUGAUAAAGAAGAAAUUUUAUCGAUUGGUGAAGUUACCAAAAGACAUUUAAAACAAUUAAAACUCGCUGCCGAAGAUUACAUCGGUAAAGUUGUUGAAGGAUGUGUCAUCACUGUACCAACUGAUUUCAAUGAUGCUCAAAGACAAGAAUUGACUAACUUGAGUAAUGAAAUUGGAUUGAAAGUCCAUCAAUUAAUCAAUGAACCAUCCGCUGCCUUAUUGUCAUACUUAACCAACAACGAAGAAGAAUAUUUGAAAGACCAAAUUUUUGCUGUUGCUGACUUUGGUGGUGUCAGAACUGAUGGUGCCAUUGUAUCAGUAAGAGGAGGUAUUAUGACUAUUUUAACCACAUUACAUGACCAUUCAUUAGGAGGUGAUUCAUUUGAUUCAUCAUUGAUGGAGUUCUUCGCCAAAGAUUUCGAAAAGAAAUUCAAAGUUGAUCCAAGAAAGAACAAAAGAUCAUUGGCCAAAUUGAAAAAUGAAGCUAUUACUGUUAAAAAGACUUUAUCAAAUGUUCAAACUUCCAGCGUUUCAAUUGAAUCAUUGGCUGAAGGUUUUGACUAUCAAAGUAGUAUCAAUAGAUUGAGAUAUGAAUUGACUAUCAGAUCUACUUUAGCUAAGACCACUUCAUUUGUUGAAAAAUUAAUCGAAAAAGCAAAAUUAUUACCAUCAGAAAUCAACAAGGUUUUAUUGGUCGGUGGUUCAUCAAAUACUCCUAAAUUGUCCAGUGAAUUAUCAUCAAUUUUCCCACCUUCAACUGAAAUCAUAUCCCCAGCGUUGGACUCAAAAGCCUUAUUACCAAAUGAAUUAGUUUGUAGAGGUGCUGCCUUACAAGCCGCUUUAAUUGAAUCUUUCGAUGAAGAUGAAGUAAAAGAAAGUUUACAACCAAUCGUUGUUAACACCCAACACUUGGUAAACUCCAUUGGUAUCAAAUCCUCAGAAGGGAAAUUUAUACCUAUUUUAGUAAAUGAAACUGCUUACCCGAUCAAAAAAUCUAUUGAAGUAACUAACGGCUCAAGUGAAUCAGUUUCAAUUGAAUUCUAUGAAGGUAAAAAAAUCGUCAAGGAAACUAUUUUAGAACCAGUGAAACAAGUUUAUAGUGACGGAGAAGAGUUCAGUGACGAUUCCGACGAAGAAGAAGAACCCGAAAUUAUCAAAGAAGCUGUUGAAGAAUGUGGUACCUUAUUAGGUUCUUUAUCAUUAAAAGAUUUGAAACCAGAUUCAAAAUUAGAAAUUAUUAUUAAUAUCACUCAAGACGGUAAAUUGCAUUUAUCUUCAAGAGAAUUGAAGAUUGGUUCGGUUGCUACCAAAGUGGAAUUAUCUUUUAAAUAA